CUAUAUUUCUCAUCAUCAUUUCAUUUUAUUUUCAUUUGGUGUAACAAUUUACUAUUAUUAUUCAUAUUAUUAGUGUAUUUAGUAAUUAAAGCCAGUGUUUAUUUCUUGGAGAUUGCCAUCACUCAACUUCUGGUUAAAGGUAGCUUUGUAGAUUGAUGUGUUUUUAUACAUUUUUUUCACUCUAAUUUACAUUGAACAUUUUGGUUGACAAUGUUUGAUUUUUUUUCUUGAUUAAUCUGACAUUGAGUGUUUUGUGAUUGAACUGUGAUCUGAAAAGCCACCACGGAUAACGUAUUUACCAAAUCAGAUUCAUCAGCACUAUCAUAAAAAUUCAUGGAUUGAUAUUCUUCGUGGAUUUUCAGUGGAAAGAUUAUUACGGGAAGUGACUUGGUGUGAUAAUCUAAUGAUUCAAUUUUGUUAUUAACUUUAUUGUUUACUUAACCAUUUUGCUUGGACUUUAUUCUUAUGCCCUUCUGAUCCAAACAUCGCUUCAUCAGUGAAUUGAAUUUUUGGAAGCAUUAAUAUAUUGGAUGACCAGUUUAAUUAUCUUGAUGAAUCACAUCAACCUUUGACCAAGUGAUCUUGCUAUUCUGAUUAAUGGAACUAUACAAAUCAACUGAGUGACAUAUCUACACAUUUUUUGCCUGACGAUCUUCUUUUGGUUAAUCUUAGGUUUAUUCAAAACCUCAAGACUAUAUCUACUCUUGUAGCUUGUAACUUACUCAUUGAACACUGAGUAAUAAUUGAUAGCUGAUUGCCGUGAUACUCUGCAAAUUGGAUGAAAUAAAUUGAAAACUAUUUAGAUUAUUUUCCAAGCUCUUAUCUCGACUUCUGACAUGGCAUUUCUAUUAUAGUAUGGCGAGAUUAUACAUAUUCACAUUUUGCUCAUAGUUUUUAAAGCCAUUGUGACCAUGCCUAGCUCCAUUAAUGGAACUGUAAAAUUGAUCAUAUCAAAAUGUUUAUUUCUGCUGCUGUUGGUUUUCAUUUCAAUUUCUUCAAUUAGUUCAUUAUCUCAAUUUUCUCAGUCUGGAGAUCCUUCAGAUUCUGGGUAUCUUCAAAUUCCUGAUCACCAGGGUGUCAUUAAUAAGCUAUAUUAUUAUCGACUGCCAAUAAGCCCUGUGAAAUUUCAGCAAAUUAAACAUCUAACCAUUAAAGAGGUCGACAGAAAUGGUUUACCAGAAUGGUUAAUGUUGAGAAGAGAAAAAGAUCGAUGGGAGCUAAUCGGUUUUCCCCAAGACCAGGAUAAGGGUAUUCAUUUCUUUCAAAUUGAAAUUCAGAACAAAGAUGAUACCAAAAUCGCUGAUGUAUUCACUAUCGAAAUCACUCAUGUCUUACCAUCACUGUUUUCUUCUUCCAUUUCAACAAAUCCAAUCGGUAAAAAAGAAAAUUGUAUUAUUCAACUGAUAACUACGUUUAACUCAAUACUUGACGUGUGGAAAAUCAUAGCCUACUUCAUUCCAUCCAAGCUCAGACAAGAAAUCAAUUUAUCUGCAAAGCUAAUCGAGUUCACAAAUAAUCUUGAAGAGAUUGAUGAUCCCAAUAUUUUAAUGACACAAUGGUCACAACGUCUUUUCUCUAUCACACAAAAAGAAGAAAAAGAUGGAACCAGGAAAUAUCAAUUAACUAUUGAGAAUCAAGAAUGCUCUGAAGAUAAAGCUCAAUUGUCAAAUGAUGGUUAUAAUUGGAAGCUUAAAAAAUUAGGUUUGGAGUUCCGUUUCAUUAGAGUCAUUAAAUCGCCUUUACAAUCCGAUGGCAGCCUCUUUGAAGAUGUUUCAGCAUCUCCUUUGGAUGAAUUAAAUCCAUCUAGAGCAUAUCUCAAAUCUUUAGUGCCUGUCUCCAUUAACUAUGACAAUUCGCAACGUCGUCAUGCUCGUCGGCAUCUACCUGAUAUUAAACCAACACCUAGCAUUUACCCUGAUUUUAUGACUAUUUCAACAUCUUUAAUUUAUCCCAAUCUGGAUGAAAACAAUGAAAUAGAGCCUAGUCAAUUAUCACGAAUCGUACCUUCAUUGACUAGUCCUAGUGCUUUUCCGCCAUCUUCUAACAUACCUGGAUCACCAUCCGUGACUCCUAGAAUGCCUGAUAACUACGGUGUAGGUGGCAAUGAUCAUUCUCAUUUCCAUCCCAUUCUUUAUACUACACCUACACCUUCUGCUGAGCCACCCAGUGUUUUUAUUGAAGGCUUGUCAACACCAACACCUAUCCUUCCUAGUAGUAAAAUACCAGAUUUAUCAUCUUCAGCUUUGAUUCCUGAUCUGGCUGCUUCAUCUGUUGAUCUCAUCUCACCAACUCCAACCUUUGGCUUAGGAGUCAGUACAGUCAGGGUUGAUGAACCUAUUAUAUUUGAAGGCACUGAUAAAACUUCCGGUGAAAAAACAAGUGAACCAUCAAGACCGGAGAUUACUGCAAAUAGUAGACCAGAACUUCGCGCUCGCAUACCAAAAUUGGCUCCCACUGCGGGUAAAUAUUGGACCUAUAAGAUCCCAGAAAAUACCUUCAUUGAUCGAGAAGAUGGUUUAACUCAUAAACUAAAAUUAGGCUUCUAUCGAGUAAGUUCUUCUAUGAAAGAACGAGUUCAUCCACCGAAGGACUUUUGGAUUCAAUUUGACGCUGAAAAUCAAGUUUUAACAGCUUUUCCCACAGAUGAUGAUGUUGGUGUUUAUGAAAACCAAUUUUAUCUGGAAGCAGUUGAUUCAGGUGGAUUAUCUAAUGUUGAAAAUAUUACCAUUCAUGUGAGACAACAUACUUCAUACCGUAAAUUUCCAUACAAUAUUACUUUUUACCGGGUUUAUUGGGAUCCAUUACGAAUUACAACAACCAUUGAAGCGUUGAGAACUUUUGCCCAAAUUGUUUCUCAAUUGAAUGGUGACUAUGACAUUGAUAGUUUUAUUGUCCAACAUUUGACCAAAGAAAGCAUUGAUGGCAGAGAUUACUGGACAAUUGUUUCAACUAAUGACAGUAUUCCUGCUUACCCUUGCCCAACCAAAAAGAUUCAACAACUGUAUAAUCGAUUGGCAGAUAAACAAUCAAAAGGUCAAUAUGCAUUACCAAGUGAAUCUUUAAUUAGUAAAAUGAAUAAAAUGUUUACUAUUGACGGGGUUGGAUUAUCAAUAAGCUGUUCAAAACCUAAUACUGCUGCCGAGAAGCCUGAAUUAAGGAAUCCAAUUGAAGUGUUGAGAUUCCAUUUGGGUGAAGUUUUCCGCUACAAGAUUGCUGAAAACAUGUUCUAUUCUGGACGAGGGCGUAAUACUUAUAAUCUGGAACUCAGUUUAUAUGAUGGAUUUGGACGUAUUCCGCCCCAAGAUGGCUUUGUCAAGUUUAAUGAGAAAACAUUUGAAAUUAUUGGUUUAGCUGAUGAUAGAAAAUAUAUCCGAGAAAAUGAAUUUAAUCUGGUUGCUCGGGAUCGUGAAUCUGAAAAUGAUGCUUCUGAUGCUUUCGUUAUCGUAAUUGAUGAUCCUUGGAAUGAAGACGAAAUAAGUUUCACAGUAACCAUUGGUCUAUCAAUAAAUGAGAAAAUGGGAAUUGAUGAUAAACUUGAUAUUGCUCAUCGUAUUGCUACCAGUAUUUUCAACGAUUCAGACACGAGUUCAUUGCGAAUUCUUAAGAUCAUCAAACGUAAUUAUACUUUCAUGCAAAGUGGAUAUUAUACUGGUACAGAGACUAAAAACCCCGAUUUAUCAGACAUUGAUGAAGAUGAAAAUGUAAUUGAGAGGCGAAAACGCUCUGAUCCUUAUGAUAAUUCAAUCGAAGAAGGUUCAAUUCAUCAAAUGUAUGAAUAUGUAUGGACCAACAAAACUGAACCUCUAUUAGCUAAAGGCGGUGAAUGUCCUUCUACUGAUAUUCAGACUCACAUUUUACAUAAAUUAUUCAAACCUGAUACAACAUUUGAAACUUGGGACGAAAAAUUUGCUGAUAAAUAUCGAAUAAUGUCUAUUGAAUUUAAACCUGUUGGUAAAUGUUCUAAUUACAUGACAUCUCGUGAAGUGUAUCGUGACAAUGUGAAACCCAACAUUAUACCAGAAAGAGACAUUACUCAUGAAACUGUUGAUAAUGUAAAUUAUGGUCAGCCGACUUCUAAAGAUUAUGAUGUUCAUACAAAUGAAUUAGAUGACUAUUACCUCAGAACAAUUAUACCUGCAAUAGCAACAGUUGCAGUAUUACUGGUAGUUCUUUGUGUGAUUGUCUGCAUUUUGGUCAAAUGUCGUCGUGAUAUCGAUAAAAAUCGCUUUGACAUGACCAUUCGCCCUGGAAUCGAUGGCUACCCAACAGAAGUUGAUGCAUUUAUUCAAAAAGGUCGCCGACCUGUGAUAUUACAAUCAGAUUAUCAGCAAAAUUUACCCAUGAACACGAUGAUGGUUACAUAUAACCCGACUCGUCAACAAACCUAUUCCAUGGCUAAUAUCAAUAAAUCUUCAUAUCAUGCACUUGCUCAUGCUGUGGAGCAAAGACGUCAACCUCCACCUUACAGAUGAACGAUUUUUUUUUCUUUUAAACUCUAUUGUGUAAAUCAACUUGUAAAAAACACCGACAAUCUAACGGUCGCCUUAAUCAGGUUCCAAUUAACUUAAUGAACUCAUGGACAUGAAGGCGAUAAUUUCAUGAUCAGUCUAAUUACCUGUGCGAAUAUUAAAAGACGAAUUAUAUGUAAUGAGAUUACAUUUUCACGAAAGAAAUAUUGUUGCUCCAUCAUCUUAAACUUUAACCUGCUAAUCUUCUCAUAUCAUUUAUCCCACCUUUACUUAAUCAGCAAUAUCACAAAGCCUCGAAAAAAUAUCCUUAAACCUGUUUGUGCCAAGUUUCCUUUCACCUACCUAUCUAAUUCAAAACUUUUUGGUCUAAAUGGUUAUCAAUCAAUUAUAUGAAACUCCUUUAUAUCACUCACUUUUUAAAAUUAACGCGUUGCAAUGGCUAAAGGAAACGAGUAAAGUAAUAAUCAAGCAUAAAGUGAAAAAUGAGGACAUCUGAAGAUGAAAUUACCACAUUUUUAAAUAGAUUUCAGCUGUGGUAAUAAGGUGCCUACGGAUCUUCAAAGCUAUUAAUCAUAAAGAACCCGAGUUCCACGUCUAGAUUCAAUUUGUUUCACCAAUUCCUGUCAACUCAUCUGAUUAACAUGAGAAGCAUUUUUUUCUUCCUCAUAAAGUCACCCAUCAUUCAAACUGGUCUUUUUAAAUCAAAAUAUAUUACCCAAAUAUAUUAUUCCGCACAUAUUAUCUCAAUUGGUGAUGUUAAUCACAAUCAACUUGGUGAUAGGAACCAAGUGUUACAACAAUAUUGUAAUUGAUACAACAAAAAGUGCAACUAGCAAAUUGAACAUAUACCUCUUCAACUAAUUCAAACUCGUUCUUCAAAAGCAAAGAAAUUUUUGUGAUUUAAUUUUAUGUUGUUUUUAUUCGAACAAUUGACUUUUCAGACAUGUUGUGUUGUCUUACCAUUUUUUUAAUUCAAUCUUUCCUUCUUCAAUUCAAUAACCAAAAAUUAACUAGGAUCAAUGGAGCCUACUUUGGUUUUAUAAAAGUUUUGGAAUUGAUCGAAAUAAUUGUCAAACAAAUUAAACAAAACAUCAAUGGGUGAAAUGUGGAAAAUGUGGAACAAAUCAGGAUAAAGAAUGUUUAGCUUUACUUAAACAAGUUAAUGAUUGCAUUUAAACACACAAUCAAUAAUGGCUGCCAUGUUUGACAAAAUGGCUUCAUAAUCAAUCAACCAACUAUAAAAUUUUUCUCACCAUUGGUAUUCAUUUGAUCCAAACGGAUUUUUGCAUUUUUCAUUCAAACGACAUUGAUUUUUGUGAAUGGUUAGACUUUGGACCAUUAGAUCAUGACUUUAAAUGAUUCAACAGUCUCAUUUGUAUAUCAUUUAAUUGAUCACAAAUAAUAAAGAUCACAGGCAAAUUGUAUAAAGGAAAAAA